AUGACAGGACGAAAGAGAAAUGGAGUGCGAUCUCCUCAAAUGGAAAAGGACGAAGAUUAUGAGGAGAAAAGGCGGAGAAAUAACGAAGCUGUGAACAGGACUCGUGAAAAGAAAAGACAAGAAGAAACAGAAACUGCUAAAAAGGUUGAGGAACUUCGAGUGGAAAAUGAAAAGCUCGAACGACAGGUUGAAUCCCUUCAAAAGGAGCUGUCAUUUCUAAAAGAAAUGUUUGUCGCCUAUGCUAAUGGAAGUAAAAAGCCUGGCGAUACACCAUCAUCGUCAUCAAGUUGA